AUGAAAUCAGUUACACUUUUGAUUGUACUGAUAUUCUUCUUAAAACCUAUUCGUGGAUCACCAUGUUACAAACAAGGAAAUAACUUACAAUGCAAUGUUACAAACAGCUCCACUGUUGAUACAAGUUCUAUCGAUGUUACUGGUAUUGCUUGGAUUGAAAUUAUAUACAGUGACACGACAUUUCUCGAUGUUAAAACAUCAUCCGUAGAUUUGCUUCGAAUUAGACCUGUUGAUGGAAGUGACGGUCAUAUACUUCGAAUCGCGUCGAUCGAUACCGCAGCUGCUCGAGUUGAAAUCAUGAUUAAUCUGUCGUUGAAUCAAACUGCGUCACCAUUAUUUUUUGCAUCAAAUCCGAUGUUGGCAGCAACUAGUACAUUGAGUAUUUACGUGAAACAAAUGUAUCAGGAAACUGCGAGUUUCAAAAUCUUCGCGUGUUCAAAUCUACCUACCGUCACUUUGGCAAAAUAUGAACUUGUCUUCGAUAAUUCGACUUCUCUAUCAGGAAAUUUAAGCUUUCCUGAUCUCGUCUGUGGACUGAAAAACGUUUCGAGCUUAUUAAUAUCCGGUAACAAACAUUGUCUUACGAUUAUUAGCUCACAACUGUCUAAUGUACGGAGCGUGCAAAAAUUAGCACUAAGAAAUCUUCGUCUACAUGACCAAAUUCUAUACAAUAUCAUCAACUUAAACGAAUAUAUCAUCGAAAAAUGCGAUUAUGAUCGAACAGCGGGAAUUUUGCAAUCUGAUCGAGCACAGAAUCUAUCACUAAUCAUGAGAAAUAAUAAUCCGUUGGAUUCUAUUCUGCCAAAUGGUAGCAACGCUUUUUAUGGACGUAUCGCUUACAAAAGCAUCACCUUAAUCGAACCGAACUUGACUUCAACAUGCUUGAAAGCAAUUGUGGGAUCAAAACUUGGACUGUUAACAUUAACUCUUGAUCUUGGUAUUUACAAUCCAGCAGAUUUCGUCGAAUGGAAAAGUAAUUCUCCCAUUCUUUGGGAUUUAAAAAUUUUUAGCAUUCGAAACUUAAGUAUAUUACCACCGAAAUUCUUCAACAGCAUCGAUUCGUUGCAUAGUCUUGUUUUACAAGGCACAUACCCUUUACAAAAAUCUGAUAUUUGUAUUUUUGCUGGUAUCAAUGUCCCAGAUAGUACAGCACAACCUCUAAUAACAUUAUAUUCAAGUCAAAAUCCACAGAAUUGGGAUUCGUGCGCUGAUACAUACAUAAAAGCGGUUAAUACCAAGAGCAUGGCAGAUGUCGUAUGCCCCUCUAACAAUACCGACGAAGGUUGUCAACAAUGGUGUACAGCAACUGCGAAAUGCUCCCUUAUUUCCUUCGAAAAUAGCUGUCCGGACAUUACAUUAACCAGAGUGAAACCAUUCUUUUAUAACAAUAGUUAUUUAUACUAUUUCUUCCAAAAAGGUCUAUGGGCAGAGCGACCAACAGAUCCGACAAGCUAUCCAAAGGACGAUUCCAUAAAUAUUGCCGCUAUCAUCGGUGCAAUCUGCGGUCUUUUAGUUGCUAUUAUCAUUCUUGGCACAACAAUCUUUUGUAUCUAUCGAAACAGAAACAGUAAUUCGAGCAAAAACUUAACUUCUUCAUCCGAGAAGAAAUGUGUGUAUUCUUCCGAUGAUCCAUCCCAUGUAUCGAUCGCAACGAGUAAAACAUCUCAAUCAUCCCGCACUGGGCUUCAAAAAUCAUUUUUUCCUCCAAUUCAUCCCAAUGAUGAAAUCGCACCUCCACUCUACACUGCACCAUCUGAGUCUGUUCGUUCGGCAUCGGUUUACAAUCAUCCAUCAGCACCUGCGGCGCCUCGUGACAGUAUCUCAACACAUGCAACUCAUGUUUACGAAACAGUCGACUCUUGA